CAGUCAUCUCAUCCAACAUGCUUCGAUGAUGAGAUCGCAGCUCUCGCUCUCCAGUUGGAGGAGAUCGGAAUAUAUGCUCAAGGUGGAAAGGGGAAGCAUCCCAUUGGGAUUCCACCGGAUAUUGAUGUCGCAUACGAAGCGUUUCGAGCCGAAUUGGGGGACUACACAACUUUCCUGGCGGAUCAGCAGCUCGCUCGCAGUAUUGGAACCGCUGUACAUUCCGAUGGUGAUAUUGUAGCCAAUUUGACAUCUGGAGAAAUCCAAUGUCGUGAGGAUCGUCAGUGCGCACUUCGAAUGAGCCAAAUCGAACCAGGAUUCGAAAAGCCACCAGAGUCGACAUCUAAGGAAGAUACAAUGUGUGCCGCCACUGAAUACCAGUAUGCCGGCUCCGUACUUAGUUUCCCCGACGAUGUAAGCGACGAUGCCACCGAAGCAGGUCCUUCAAUGUCUUACACCGAACGUCAGGCAGACUUACUCGAGAAAUUGUCGAAGCGUACCAAGUGCUCCGUUUGUCACGACCUUUUC